AUGUCGUCUACUACACACAAAAAUGUUAUUCUCGUUGGUGGUGCAGGUGACUUAGGCAAAUAUAUUCUCACUGCUCUACUUGCUGAUUCAUCCUUUAAUGUUACGGUUCUUACUCGAAUUGACUCCAAGUCUACAUUUCCAUCGAAUGCAAAAGUAGUUAAAGUCGAUUAUAAAGACAAAAAUGAAAUUAAAAAAGCAUUAACUGGCCAAGAUGUCGUAGUUUCUGCCGCUGGUGGUAGUGCCAUGUCUGAAAAAUUAGAUCUAACAUUGAUUGAAGCAUCUGUCGAAGCUGGUGUUAAAUGGUAUAUUCCAUCAGAAUUUACUGCUGAUACAAAUCAUCCACGUUUUUCAUCGCUUCCUUUCAUAGGUGCAAAACUUGAAGCUAUUGAAUUAUUAAAAAAAAACCAAUCACGUAUAGCACACACAUUAAUUAGUACUGGUGGUUUUCUUGAUUGGGGUUUUGACAAUGGCUUUCUUGGCUUUGAUGUUUCCAAUCAUGCAGUUACUCUUUAUGAUGAAGGCAAAAAUUAUAUUUCUGGUACAACUCUUCCAUCAAUUGGUAAAGCUGUUGUCGCUAUUAUUCAUCAUCCAGAAUUAACUUUGAACAAACGUAUUUAUAUUGCUGAUGCAGUAUUUACGCAACAACAAGCUUUAGCUCUUUUUGAAAAAUAUUCUGGUACAAAAUGGACAGUGAAACGUAUAACUACCGAAGAUGCACUUAAACAAGGUGCAGACUACUUUGCAAAAGGUGAUAUAAUGAAAGGUGUUCAAGCAUAUAUUAUGAGUGCGAUAUACUGUCAACAAGGUGCAAGUGAUUUUCGAGGCAAAACAAGUAACGACGCUUUAGGUGUAAAAACUGUUUCUCUGGAACAAGCGGUGAAAGAAGCAGUUGAACGAAGUAAAGCUGAUGCUACUCAUUAA